CAAUUGGUGUUUGAGGACUUUCAGCAUGUUCCGUUGUCGCAAUCAUUUCACCACAUGCAGCCGCUGUUGCACAUAUCGGCCCGAACGUUCUCGGCUUUCUCGAUCCAAAUUCCUUCAUUGAGGUAGCACAAAGAUUGACCCACGACGUCGUUACGACGUGCACGACAAACCCUACGCAAUUCCCGUUCGCAAGCGCUAUGCAUGUAGUCUGUGCUACGCUCGAAAAUGAUGUUAUCACCGCGCCUGAGCAAUUACAGGCCAUGUACCAAGGUCUGAAAGCAUUGCCUCACAGCAAUAUACAAUGGCAUCAUUACGAACAGUCCAGCGAAUCACUCAUCGAUAACCGAACACAUCUGGGCACCGUUUUUGUGGAUGGGCGGCAAGGCGCCCCUCGUUUCUAUGUCGAGGAUAGAGAUGUUACAGCUGAUCCCGGAAUCAGACUGAUUUGGUUCUACAACGGGCGAUAUCAGUUGAGGCUUGGUACUACUAUCUUGGAGGAGACUGUCAAUCCUCCACUCAACACAUGGAUAAGUAGCAACAACAAAUGGAUCAUGUGGAAUGGUACUGGUUGGAGUUCUGCGUAG